AUGACCCAGACGUUCAAGUUCGCCUCUAAGGUGUUCCAUCGUGGCCUUUGGGCUCCCGAGCGAGGUGCCGACUCAGCGCCCCGGAGCUUGGCCCACAUCCCAGGCCCCUCCACGCCGGGCUUCCUGGUGGAACUCUUCUGCAAAGGGGGACUGUCACGACUACACGAACUGCAGGUGCAGGGCGCCGCGCGCUUCGGCCCCGUGUGGCUGGCUAGCUUCGGGACAGUGCGCACGGUGUACGUGGCCGCUCCAGCACUCGUCGAGCAGCUGCUGCGACAAGAGGGACCCCAGCCCGAGCGCUGCAGCUUCUCGCCCUGGACGGAGCAUCGGCGCCAUCGGCAGCGGGCUUGCGGACUGCUCACAGCGGAAGGCGAAGAAUGGCAGCGGCUCCGCAGCCUCCUGGCUCCGCUCCUCCUUCGUCCCCAAGCGGCCACCCGCUAUGCCGGGGCCUUGGACGACGUGGUUGGUGACUUGGUUCUGAGACUGCGGCGCCAGCGGGGCCUGUGCGCCGGGCCACCCACCCUGGUUCAGGACGUGGCGGGAGAGUUCUACAAGUUCGGACUAGAAGGCAUAGCCGCCGUGCUGCUGGGGUCGCGUCUGGGCUGUCUCGAGGCCCAAGUGCCGCCAGACACCGAGACCUUCAUCCGGGCCGUGGGCUCUGUGUUCGUGUCCACCUUGCUUACCAUGGCGAUGCCCAAGUGGCUGCACCGCCUAGUGCCGGGACCCUGGGGUCGCCUCUGCCGGGACUGGGACCAGAUGUUUGCAUUUGCCCAGCAGCAUGUGGAAGAGCGAGUGGCCGAGAUGACCAUGAGGAACCAGGGACAGCUGGAGGGAGACCCUGGACCUGUUUCUCAUCUGACCUACCACCUGUUGCGAGAAAAACUUCCGGUCCCAUCCAUCCUGGGGAAUGUGACCGAGCUGCUCCUGGCUGGGGUGGACACGGUGUCCAACACGCUCUCCUGGGCUCUGUAUGAGCUUGCCCGGCACCCAGAUGUUCAGAGGGCACUGCACACGGAGAUCACAGCUGCCUUGGGCCCCAGCUCCUGCGCCCACUCCCCAGCAGCUCUAUCCCAGCUGCCCCUGCUAAAGGCUGUGGUCAAGGAGGUGCUGAGGCUGUACCCUGUGGUCCCUGGAAAUUCCCGUGUUCCAGACAAAGACAUUCGUGUGGGUGACUACGUUCUCCCCAAAAAUACGCUGGUCACUCUGUGUCACUAUGCGACUUCUCGUGAUCCUGCCCAGUUCUCAGAGCCUGACUCUUUCCGACCAGCUCGCUGGCUCGGGGAGGAUCCAGCCCCCCACCCAUUCGCAUCUCUGCCCUUCGGCUUUGGCAAGCGCAGCUGCAUGGGGAGACGCCUAGCAGAGCUGGAGCUGCAAAUGGCUUUAGCCCAGAUCUUGAUCCACUUUGAGGUGCUGCCUGAACCUGGUGCGGCCCCAAUCAGACCGAUGACCCGGACUGUCCUAGUACCUGAGAGGAGCAUCAAUCUACAGUUUGUGGACCGAUAACCCUGUUUGCACGGGCUCUCGUCACCACACAGACUUACUGGGUGCACCACCAAGAGCUGUAUCUCUCUCGAGGCCUAUCUGAUCACACUGGUUAGAAGGACCAUAGCAAAGUGCUUGAGGUUGCCCUGACCAAGGUGUGAAGUAUGCUAUGGACCUGGCUCAGCAGCCCAGGGGGAAAAAGGAAACAAACAUUGUGCUUAGUUCUGUCCCUGGUCCUGUCAUAUGCAGCCUUCAGGGACCACCAACUCAGAUCCUAAGUAAUAAUGCUGGGUGGCCCAAGAAAACGCUCAAUCACUGCCCUUUGGGGGCUUCCCCACUGCUCAUGGGCUGCUGGCUAAGCAUGUAUGGCAGCAUGAGCUGAUUCACUGUGCAUCUGCUCUGCACCUGGUUGAUCCUUCCACUUUGCACGGGAGCUUUUGGACAUCAAGGAUCAGGUUUAAUUUGGUCUCCAUAUCCCCUGCCAGGGCCUCUCUCUCGCUAGAUGACACCACACACGUUGUCAGAUUGACCCUGGGCCAUGUGGCAGAAAGGAUCAGCAAUUCACCAGGUUCCAUCUCGCCCCUCCAUUCCCUCCUUCAUUAUCUUGGCCCUAGGAAGGUGGGUCUGUCCUAGCCUAGUUAUGGCUUUUGAAACUUUCUUUGGCCCUUUGGUCACUCAUAGGCCAGAUUGUCCUGAUAACUAAUCACCAGGAAGAGAGAUCACUGGCCUGUCCCUCCCUGCCGAGGCCUAUGCCUGCCUUUUUUUAUAUAUAUUAAAGUUGGAAAACAUUCCGUUUUGAAAUUAA